GAAUAACGACAUAUAUUCAGAAUAUUUCCUAUAUUCCGGAAACAUUCAAGUCAUGCGCUUCGUAUAUGCUAGACAUUCAAACCUCCCCUAAUCAAAGUUCUUAAUGGGGAACCGCUCCACACAAGCUUAAGUCUUCAAAGAUGUGCGCUCUUGCUCGACACAAUCAUACUUCAAACCAGGACGAUGUACUAAGGCUGUAGCAGGUUCGAAAAAUCCUUGUAUGACCUCAUUCGAGGUCUGCGGAACCAUAAAGGAAACGAAAAGGAGUACAUUCAAAAUAGUUUGAAAGAAUGUCGAGCGGAAAUAAAAGGUUCAGACAUGGGUUAGAGACUACGGCAGAAGAAUGAGGUGCAUUUAACUGACAAAUGCGCCGCAGACCUCAAGGCUACUGCCUUACUGAAACUGGUUUACCUGGAAAUGUUUGGCCACGAUAUGUCCUGGGCUUCCUUUCAUGUUCUCGAAGUCAUGUCCUCGCCGAAAUACCUACAGAAACGAGUCGGAUAUUUGGGUGCUGUGCAGAGCUUCCGGCCGGAUACUGAAGUUCUGAUGUUGGCCACGAAUUUGCUGAAGAAGGUAUGACUUCCAUAUAAUUAUCAUGGAAAUUAUACUCAGACAUCAUACAGGAUUUGAGUUCCGCUACGCCGACAACAAUGUCUCUUCCAAUCAUAACAUUACCACAUGUCAUCACUCCUUCGCUCGCACUAUCUGUUCUCUCAGACCUACUGCCCCGGAUGACACAUUCGCAUCCGGCCAUUCGCAAGAAAACCAUUGUUACACUUUAUAGGUUAGCUUUAGUCUACCCCGAAACAUUGCGUCCAGCAUGGCCAAAGAUCAAGGAGCGAUUGAUGGAUGAGGGCGAGGAUCCAAGUGUUACAGCUGCAAUCGUCAAUGUUGUUUGUGAAUUGGGAUGGCGGAGGCCUCAGGAUUUCCUACCCCUGGCUCCGCGACUAUUCGAGUUACUUGUGGAUAGUGGAAAUAAUUGGAUGGCGAUCAAGCUCAUUAAACUGGUCAGUGGUAAAAAUCAUACAGAAAACUAUACGUUAACAUAUAUGUAGUUUGCUACCUUAACUCCACUUGAACCAAGAUUGGUCAAAAAACUGUUACCACCACUUACAUCGAUUAUCCGAACGACUCCAGCAAUGUCACUACUAUAUGAAUGUAUAAAUGGUAUUAUUUUAGGAGGAAUUCUUGGAAGCAGUGAGGAGUCCGCGGGAGGGGAGGAAAUAGCUACUCUCUGUGUGAGCAAGUUGCGUGGUAUGAUUAUGGUUGAGGGAGAUCCUAAUCGUAAGUCAGUAGUUCCAAAGCAUACCACUAAGGCUAAACAUUUGCAGUAAAAUAUGUCGCACUGCUCGCUUUCAACAAGAUUGUUGUUACCCAUCCAUUUCUUGUUGCUCAACAAGAAGAUGUGAUAAUGGAUUGUAUCGAUAGUGCCGAUAUCUCGAUCCGAUUACGUGCAUUAGACUUGGUUGUAGGCAUGGUUAGCAGCGACAAUCUGAUGUCAAUUGUUGGGAGAUUGAUGAGACAGCUUCGAAGCUCCCCCUCAAUCUCUGCACGCAAUUCUAGUCCUCGACAUGCUGGACACAUCGAACCUGAAGCAGAUUCAGAUGACGAGGCUCCGGAAGUGGCAAUCAAAUCCGAUAAGGGGUCGUCACAAGAUUUACUAUUGCCAGAUGAUUACAAGGUGGAUGUCAUCACCAGAGUGCUAGAAAUGUGCUCGAUAAAUAACUAUGCUAAUCUUGUUGAUUUCGAUUGGUAUAUCGACAUUUUGAUUCAGCUUGUCAGAAACGCUCCUGUUACAAGCUCUCCUUCAAAUCAGGAAUUGGAAGAGUACACAAAUAACGAUAUCUCCGAAAAGAUUGGGGAUGAACUGCGUAAUGUGGCCGUCAAGGUGAAAGCGGUCCGGUCUCAAGCUGCUAAGGCUGCGGAGUCAAUACUAGUACUAGCUUUUAACGACACCACAAGCCAAGUCAGCUCCGGAAAUGGAGCACUUCGACCGAUAUCUUGGAUGAUUGGAGAAUAUGCCUCUUAUUUGGAGUCUCCAGAAAAUACAAUGGCUGCUUUACUGCAUAUUACGAAAGCUUCAACAUCUGCUGAGGGUCUCAUCGUGUACCUCCAAGCAAUGGCUAAGGUUUUCGCGGUUAUAGCUGAUGAUGAGCAUUCACUCUGGACGACCGAACGGAGGACAAUGAUGUCACUCUUGAUGGCACGCAUUAUAAAUGCACUUGAGCCCCUAGCGAUGCACCCUGAUCUUGAAGUUCAAGAAAGGGCAGUUGAGUUUUCAGAGUUGUUAAAGUUGGCGGCAGAAGCAACAAAUGGUCACGAGCCAUCUUCGGAAUCGAUGCAGCAAGAUGCGCCACUUUUGCUCACACAAGCACUGCCUUCUCUAUUCAGGGGACAGGAAUUAAACUCGGUUGCAGCUAGCGCGCAAAAAAAUGUACCAUUGCCAUCGAACUUGGAUCUUGAUCAGCCGAUCAAUCAAAAUCUACACAAUCUGUUACGAAAUGUAGAUUCUAUAUCCUUCGAUGAUCUUGAAAACGAUGAAUUUGAAGUAUACUAUCAUCAAAAACCAGAGCCUACUUCAAUCUCAUCUAACGAACCUGCUAUCAACCGUCUUGGUGGAAGUCCUGAUCAACCUGCACAAUCUUACCAGCAAGGUAGUGAAGAAUCAUACCUCGACCCAGAUAUUGUUGCACGACGGAAAGCAGAGAGACUUGAAAGGAAUAGAGAUGAUCCAUUUUAUAUCGCACCGAAUGACGGUAGCCUGUCCGGCACGUCAACGCCUCUUCACAACAUUCUCCAAAACAACAAUGGGCAAGAUCUAGACAUCGAUGCUAUACCAAUCAUGCAGUUAGAUCUGGGCAAGACGAAUUUAAAUAUAACGAAUAAUAAGAAGCCUUCGAAGAAGCCUCGUCAACGAAUACAAGUGGCUGCUGACGAAACACUGAACCUUAGUGGAACGUCUACACCUGCGAACGAUUCUGAAAAUAGUACUGAGGGAGCCAUGAAGGCGCGAAUUUCAAGAGGGAAACAAUCCCUAUUACAGGUGGAUUCGAGCCACAUCGGCCAAUUUUCCCUUGAAGGUGGCGAUACCAGUGGUAUUGAUUUCGAGCGGCAGCAGAAAGAAGAGGCCGAAAUGAUGAAAGCCAUGAAAGAGGUAGAAAGGCUCCGACUGGAGAUGCAGCGAGCGAAUGAGAGAAUCCACGCUGCGCAAGAUGUUCCGCCAGAAGGAACAGUGGUGAAGAGGAAAGCGAAGAAGAAGACGAAACCUGUAGAAGGGGAGGCAGCGACAGUGGUUAAGAAAAAGAAAAAGGCCAAGAAAGCUGUGGUCGAUGAAGGAGAAGGCGAGCCUUCUGCAGCCCCUACGACUACAGAUGUUGUGAAGCCGAAGAAGAAAAACAAGAAGCCAAAGGUGGAGGAAGAGGUCAUGGAACAGGCGUAAUAUGCAUAACGGACUAGGAAGCAUUCAAUGGCGUUGGGAGCGUGUAAGGGAUACCACACAUAGGUAGUCAUGGGUCGAAAACAUUUUGAGUUUUGAUAUAAAUGUAGAUCUUUAAUUCCAUAAAAAAAUUGAUGUGUACA